ACAAUCAUGGGGUGAGUGAUGUGCGCAACAUAGAUUCCCGAUUCGAUAAAACACAAAAAAAAAGCCAAAACUUAGCCGUGCAAUUGAAUCAUGCAAUUGAAUUUGAGUAGAUUCCUCUUUAAGUAAUUAAGUCGUCACUACCCUAAUCUGCUUUGUUGCUCAAUCUCCAUUGUACUUCAUCCCCUUUCUUCCCAGAUUUAGCUUUAGUGGGUGUAAUGGAGGAUCAGGGUCAUGAUUGUAACGAGUUACAGAAACUGCGUAAGCUUGUAGCAAAGCUUGCAAUGGAGAUUGAUGCUAAAAAUAUGAGGUUGUUUUACAUGGAGGAGAAGUAUGACCAGUUGUCCACAGCUCUCAAGAGUAUGGCUAUGGACAAACGGAAGCUUCAGCAAGAUCAUGCACGAGAAAUUGAAAGAUUGCAAUCUGUAAUUUUAAAUAGUGAGAAAACAAAACUUGAGUUAGAUAAUCAAAGAAAAGAAGUUGAGCUGAGAGCCAAAGAAGUUGAUGAACGUGAGAUACAAAUCAAAUCGAAGCAUGAAAAGCUUGAUUCUUUAAUGAGAGAGCUGGAAGAAGGCGGAGAUGAAUUGCAAAGCUUAGAGUCUCUUAACCAAACACUCAUUAGCAAAGAGCGUACAACUAAUGUGGAGCUCCAGGAUGCUCGCAAAGCUUUGAUUCGUACUUUACAAGGAAUAAAUGAUGUUGAAGCUGACAUUAGAAUCAAACGGAUGGGCGAGGUUCAAAUUAAGCCUUUUCGAGAUGCCUGUUUGAAGAAAAGCUCUGCUGGGGAUUGGCAAAUGAGAGCUUCUACAAUUUGCUCAUCAUGGCAAGACAUCCUCGGCAAUGCUAGUUGGCAUCCUUUCAAAAACAGAGUUGUGAAUGGAAAGUUGCAGGAAGUUAUAGAUGAAGAUGACGGUAAACUGAAAGAAUUGAGAGGUGGAUGGGGUGAGGAAGCAUAUGAAGUGGUGAUCAAGGCAUUAAUGGAGUUGAAUGACUACAAUCCCAGUGGUAGAUUUGUUGUUUCUGAACUCUGGAACUAUAAGGAGGGGAGAAGGGCUAGUCUGAAAGAAGCAAUAGAGUAUCUUGUACAGAGAUGGACAGCUAAGUCCAUGAAACGCAAAAGAUCACAGGCACAGACUCAGAACACUACAGCAGUAUGAGCAGGCAGAAACAUCCUUUGUGUAAAUAGUCGUGUAAUCUACCAGAUAUUCGUCGUUGGCAGCUUGGAUGUGGAUGCACCAGGAGAUUGUUAUAUGUUUAUGUUGCUGUUCCGGGAUUGUCCUUCGACCUUCAUUUACCCAUUGCUGUGUUGAACCUAUUAAUGAAAGAUGUUAUAGUUCAUUUUCAAGUAAAAUUUAUAAAUAAAAGAAAAUUCUUUCAAGUAUAAGGGAUCGUUGAGGUGGUAACACCUUUAAACUCCCACGCUUGUGGCAGGGUUUCGAUUCCGACUGAGGUCUUGAUGAGAGGAGGGGGGGCUGGGGGGUUGUUGAAUAGACUGGGUUGUAAUUGAGAUAGGUGGCCCAUCCUGAGGCCCAUAUGUAUCGAUUCCAUUAAAAAAAUUGAGAUAUUUUCGCAUUCAUAA